CUUGGUCGUUUUGCUUAAACUAGACUUCAAAUUUACACCCUCAAAUGACUCACUUCAGGGAAGUGUUGGAUAUCCACGAGUUGUCUAAUGGGCGACUGCUGUGACAGAGAGGUAUGACUGGACUCAUAGGGACGCGACGCGGAUCACAUGAGCCUGUUGUAGCAACACGAGUUUCCAAGGGGAGGUGACCGAAGACCCCUCAGAGAGACGGAGGAUGAGGCAUUCAUUCACAACAUCCAUCAUUCCGUAUCAGUCACAGACACAACUGACUAUAGAAACUUGUUUUAAUUAAUUAUGCAUUAUUGCAUUUAGCUUUGAAAGAGGAUCUUUGCUGUUUAGUUAUCAUACAGACUAUAUGUCUGAUGAUCUGAUGGAGUCAGUUUGGGAUCUGUCCGUAACAGAAGACUCUUCACCGGUCUCUGAGCUCUCGUUCAACCUGCAGAACCUGCAAUGUCAGGAUGGUGUGUCUGAAAAGAGCCCGAGCCCCCGGAGAAAGCUUGUUUUGACGCCUGAAUGGAUCAGCCCACAGAUGAACACACUCUCCAGGGAGAAAGAGACGCCAACAGUGUCUGCUGUGAAAAGACGAAGAACAAGCAGAAGUCUGUCUCCUAAAACCUCUCCAAACAAGGUCCAGUCAAGUCGUAUUUGGAGGGAUCUUCAGGAUUCUGCUGCUAAUAAGGAGAAUGAGAGAGCUAUUAAGAGAUUACGAGUGCAGCUGUCCAGUAGAUUCUCCAGUGCAUCAGAGGAACCAGAAUCAGCACAUAGAUCUGGGAAACGGUACUGCAGUGAUCCAGAAGAUGACGGCAGUUAUACGAGGGAGACAGAUGAGGCUGCUGCAAGGUUGUGUAGAAUGAGGUCACACAGAAAUGCUCCUCCAACUCAAAUAACCGAGGCCACCGUCGCUGACCUCACCCUUAUAGGAGACUUUAGUAUGCAACGCCUGCUUCCUGUUCAGGGUGCCGGCCAUCACGAGCUUCACUGUGUCAGCGUGCAUACAGUGGCGUCUCUGAUCAGAGGUGAGUUUGGUCCUGCCGUGGAGGACUUUCUCAUCAUCGACUGUCGUUAUCCAUAUGAGUAUAAAGGCGGACAUAUUAAGGGGGCAAUAAACAUCUAUACCGAAUCUCAGAUCCAGCAAGCUGUUUUCCAAGCAUUAGAAAAGACUGAGCUUUACCCCGACGGAAGUGUCUCCUCUUGGGGACAACAAUCGGACUCAAUGCCAGAAAAUUCUGCUGCGAAAGAGAAGGGGUCAUCAUCGCCGCGGAAACUGAUAGUGUUCCACUGCGAGUUCUCAUCCAAAAGAGGGCCGCACCUAUGUCAGUAUCUGAGGAGGUUAGACCGAAGUCUAAAUGUGUACCCAAACCUGCACUAUCCAGAGCUCUACCUUCUGCUGGGUGGUUACAAACAAUUCCAAAGCUGCUAUCCGGACAUGUGUGAACCGUGUGGAUACGUACCCAUGCGCCAAAGGGAGUACCAGGAGCAACUGCAUGGCUUCCGCAGGAGAAGACCCACUCGACAGCGAAGGCGACGGCCAGUCAGAAUUCAUCAAAGAACCACACGAUAAAAAUGACCAUUAGUACAUAUAGACCUUAGCUGCAACACCGGUUGCAUUCUUACCUUUUUGAGUCCCAAAUUGUUCACAGCAAUAUGUGGAGGCCCUCCCACUAAUUUUUUUUAUCGACGUAGGCCCCUACAAUGCAAUCUUGAGCGCCCUAUUUCAGAAACACUACAAUAAAGUGUGUACUUCAUAUGAAUAUGUAUGCUUUUUGGACUUUGGUAGGUAUGAAGUUGUGUCUGUUAGGUCUGAGCACCUUCAUAAAUAAAAUACUUUAAAUAACACACUAAAUUA